UGAGGCGGGUGCCCCGGUCACGCACAUAAGGUUCUUGGAGUUGUUUUGUCGCAGAGUGAUGACGCGAACCGUGCGCUAUUCGGAGCAGCUGACAGCCACUCCAUCCCCAUCCCGGAGAGACAGAGAGAAAGGGCGGGGAGCUGGGCUUGAGCUGAGGCCGGUGACAUGAGGCGGCCUCGCCAGCCGGAGGAAAAAGGAGACGGUGGGCUUUAGGAGAGUCGGUGAUUUCCCUUCCCGACGCCAUGUUCCGCCGCGCCAGGUUUAGCGUGAAGCCGAACGUGAGACCGAGUGCCGCGGCGAGAGGUAACUGCGGCGGCGGCGGCACCACCAACUCCUCAGUCAUCCAAGCGGCUGCGACGGCCCCAGACGCCGGUGCUCGGCAUGGCUCGACUCUCAUCACUUGUUCUUCUGCGGCUGUGGGUGAGUCAACCCUUCAGUCGGGAGCCGCUACCGCAGCGGAGAACCUUCAGCAGGAUGGCGGUAACAGCGAUAGUACCAGAAAUGAAAAGACCAAUGCAAGUGAUGAUGGAGAUUGUAUUAGACAUGCAGAGACACCUGUACAGAGAAGAAAACGAAUAUCCACUAUGCCUAAUCUUGCUAAACUACGAGUUUCAUCUCAAUCUACACAACGUGCUGCCAGUUUGGCAUCAAAAUGUUCUCAAAAACAAGUACCUCAUUCUCCUAUCAUAGGUAACUCUCCACUUCAGAAGGAGUUGCCUUCACCCGAAAAGGUCAAUGUGGAAAGUUCUCCAACGUCUCCUAUAUUGCCUGAAAAGAAAACUCCUGUUCCCCAAGUCCCACAGUUCUCUCCAUUUAAAAAGUCUGCCAGUAAAGAGCCAAAUGCAUGUGUAACAGCUCAAAGAAGUGAUGAAGCCCUGCAGAAGAACACAUCCUCACCCCUCAAAGAGAGACCCACACAGGAAAGAUUGAUUGAAGAGGAAAUACCACAGUCAAAAUCUAUUCCAGCAAAAGAGAAAAUAUGUUCAGAUCGUGAGAAAAUAAUCAAAGCUCAGAAGCUAAGAAAGAUGCUUAAGGAAGAGCUGAAGAAAGAGAAGCAACAACAGAAAUACAAAUGCCCAGUAAUCGAAAAAAAUACGCCAGAAGAUCGUUCAAAAAUGAUUAUGAGAGACUUCAUAUACUAUCUGCCUGAAAACAAUCCUAUGAAGUCUUCACUGGUGGAAGAAAAGAAAAUAGAAAAGACUUCUACAGUGACCCAAGCAAAAGAGCCUGAAAUUGUUGUUGAAAGUGAAAAUGAGGAAGCUGAAGACGACGACGAAGAAGAAGAAGGGGUAGAGGAUGAUGGACCCCUUCUAGUUCCUCGGGUGAAGGUUGCAGAAGAUGGCUCAAUUAUUCUGGAUGAAGAAAGUUUAACUGUAGAAGUUUUGAGGACAAAAGGGCAAUGUGUGGUGGAAGAAAAUGAUCCCAUCUUUGAGCGUGGAUCCACAACAACCUACUCAAGCUUCAGGAAAAGCUAUUACACCAAGCCAUGGUCAGAAAAAGAAACAGACAUGUUCUUCUUAGCUAUAAGUAUGGUAGGAACUGACUUUUCAAUGAUUAGUCAGCUUUUCCCUCACAGAGCAAGAACAGAGAUUAAGAAUAAAUUUAAACGUGAAGAAAAAGCCAAUGGAUGGAGAAUAGAUAAGGCAUUCAAAGAAAAAAAACCAUUUGACUUUGGUUGCUUUACAAAACUCCUUGAGAAGGUCUUGGAAAAUGAGAGGAGGAAAAAGGAAAAAGAUGCUAAAUGUCAGCAUCAAAAAGAAAAAAAUCCCAAUGAGAAAAGAAUACCCAAGUCUCAGAAAAAGCGGAAAGCUAAAGUUGCCAAUGGACAAACAAACCAUGAUCCGGAUGAUCCCCAGAAUGCCAGAAAUUCUGAUGCAGAAAUGGAAGUAGAUGCUGACACGGCUGAAAAAGAGAAUGAGGAAUCUCCUAGCAUCUUGGAACAGACUGAAGGGCAGACAGUUACUGAAUCAGCAGUGGCAAAAAAGAAGAGAAAAAGGAAGAAAAAAGAUUCUGAACAGGAGGCAGAGAAUCUUCCUGAUGAGAGAAGUACUUCUGCAGAAGCAGCUGAGGAGGAAAGAUCAAGAAAGAAAAGAAAAAAUACAUCAUCUAGUGUGGAGAAUAAUGGCAUUGAAGAAGUUGGUGAGGAACUGGAGGUCGCUGAUGGAAAAACACCUGCUAAAACUCUUCUCCAGUGCUGUGUACAGGUGAAUGAAGAUACAGAGGGAGACUUAAGUCCAGCUUUAUCUAGUAUCCAAGUGUUAAUAGAAGCUGAGCCUGGUGAACUAGAUGUCUCAGAAGCUAAUUUUGAGCACCAUACUGAGCAGCCUUCAGUGUCUCACAUGUCUCCGAACACAAAUAAAGAAGGUUUUGAAGAAAAUAGUGCAGCAAAGAAUGAAGCUGCUGAGUUAAAUAAACUGGAUGAAUAUAUACCAUUGCCAAGUUGUGAUGAAGAGCUAAUGGAAAUUGAUGUAUCAGCUACUGAAAAGCCCACAGAGGAAGAACAACUGCAGAGACUUGCAUCAAAAACAUCAGAAGAAAGAGAACCUCUAGCUAGUGACACAUCAGAGGUCUCUCCUUCAGAGGUUCUGGGUGAUGCAGAAAAGAGUAUUGUGGAAGAUAAGGCUGCUAACAUAAGUGGGCCUAUCAUAGAGGAAAAGGACAGAGCAAGCAAUGACAGGGUGAAUGACUUCGAAAAAACUCAAAAAGCAGCUGUAGGAAAGACAGAAGUGAGAGGCCGUCGGCAGAAACUUAAACCUAAUAUAGUGAAAGCAUUGGGCAGAAAAGAAGCACCUCUCCAAGGCAAGCUUGACAAGCCAGAGGCUGAUGUGACAAUAGAAAAGAGUAAUGAUCAGUGUGAUGCACCCAGUAUAACCACAGAAGAGGCUGCAGGAAAAGAUUGCCAAGUUUUAGAUACUGAAUUUAUGACUAGUAAACAAUCCACUUCUCAAGAAAGUAACAAACAGACUGUCUUAAAACCUGCACUGUUAGCAAGGGGACGAAUGCCGAGACCAAAGCCAAAUUUAGGAAGGGUAGCUAGAAGACAAAGAGAGCCAGCAAGAAAUACUGAGACAGAACAAGAAAAGGCAACUGAAGCAGCUGUUGAAUCAGAGAAGAUUCUGAUACAACCUGAAUGUAGCAGCAGUGAACUCCCAACUAAUAUCACAGAGGUGACCAGUUAUGAAGCUGACAUGCCCCACUGUGAUGUAUUGGAAAACAAAGCUGUUGCUAGUACUGAGAAAGUAAUUUUGGCACACGGAAUGCAAUCUCCUGUAAAGACACUUUUGGAAUAUGAGAGUCAUAAACUCAAAAAUACACUUUUGGCAAGUAACAGCAUGGGGGAUGUGGCAGAUCUUGCUACCAGAGGUUCCAGACUCCAGCAAGAAGAAAAAGAAAUUUCUGCUGAAAUAGAAUACUCUUUGAUGAGCCCAAAGAAGAACUUAGAAAAGGCAGCAGAAAGGGAGGAAUCAUUACGAGCAGAAAAAGAGGUUCUUGGAAAUGAACACAAAACUGAAAUUGCAGCAAAUGUCAUGAGUGAAAACAGCAAGUCCUCUCAUCUAGAUGAAGCAGCAAUGUGUGGAAUCCUGCCAUCAUCCCUUUUAUUAGGGGAGCGUUCUAUGGAUGCUUCAGAAGCAGCUGCAACAAACACAACCCAUUUGUCUUCCUAUAACCUCUCAGAUUUCAAGAGUAAUGAGCCAAAUGAAGUUUUAUUAUCAUCAGAUAUCCAGGAAAAGAUUACAUUUGGCAAACAGAGUACUAUUCAACCAACACUAUUGCUCAGAGGCAGAUUCCAGAGACCAAAACCUAAUAUAGGAAGGGCAGUUGGAAGAAAAGAAACACAAUAUGUUGGAAAUGAAGCAAGAGCAGCAUUUGGAACUGAGAUAUCAGAACUACAAAAAUCCAAACCUACCAGAACUCCCUCUGUUGUAACUCACUUAAAGUGGGGCAGUAAAGCCUUACCUGUUGAAACCUUGGAGAACCGACUGAUAGACAUGGAGAAUGUGAUUCAGGAAGAUCCUUGGGCACCUAGUACUUCUCAGAAUAUUUCAUAUCAACAAUCCAGGGAAAAACCCACUUUUCAAGAGAAUAAGCCAUGUGCUAUCAAGCCAGCUCAGUUGGUGAGAGGGCGAUUCCAGAGAGUCAGGCCCAACCUUGGAAGGAUGAAUGACAAGAAGGAAGAGCCUGUGAUAGAAAAUGUUACUGCUCCAGUUGAAGGAGAGAUAGGAAAAACAGAUAUGGAUAAGAAAAGUGAUCUGUACCCACCUUCAGAGGGUAAUCUCAACGUCCAGCCAUCCCUAAGUGAUUUGGGGAAAAAAGAACAGUCAGAAUCUAGUGAAGCCCAAUCGCCAAAAAUAUGUAUUGAUCAGAAGAAAAAUUCUUCCCCUGAGAAGCCACAGAAAUGUGAAUUUCCAAAAGACCAAAAAGAAACAAUUGUCCUUAAAGAUGUUGAAGGAACGUGUCUGGAUAUUCAUGGAAGUGAUAUUUCUGCCCCUUGUGAAAUAUGUCCAUCAAAAAGCAUAAAAUCCAUCCAGCUCAUGAGGCGUCCUCUUCAGAAGCCAAAACCAAGCCUGGCCCGAGUAGCUAAAAAGAACGAAGCCUCUUCAAAAGGAGAAGCCAGUACAGAAGACAAGACUGGAAGCGAUACACAAAGCAAGACAACCCUGUGUUGCAGCAAAUCUGGAAAAAUGGACACAUUAAUGCACAAGUCAGGAAAAUUGGUAGAAGCUGCAUCAUCUUCUGAAUGUUCAAGACAAAGGAAUCAUAUAGAUCGCAAUGAGACAUUGUCUCCAACAAGAAGUAGGUACUCUGGAAAAUGUGACUCUUCCGAGCAGUCCUCUGGGAGUGGAAGUCAAAUCAGGAAAGAAAUAUCUGAGCCUCUUUCUGUCCAGGAGAGAGCAUCUGAAAGAAUAAAAGGACAACAAGCAGGACAGACACUGAAACAGAGGAAAAAUGCAUGUGGAUCAAGAAUGUCCUCUGCGUUGGAAUGUGAGAAUGAUCAUAGCAAAAAGGGGAAACGCUACUUAAAGCUGAAACCAAAUGUUAGCCGAGGUAGAAGUUUAAAACCAGUCCUUCGCAAGAAACCUAAAAAAGAAUAUGGGAAUUCGAAAGUAAACCUGGUGACCCUUAGGGCUUCUUCUCAAGAAGAAGAAGAAGAUGAUGAUGAUUGGGAUGACUUUGAGCCAGACUAUGAAGUUGAAUGCUUUUCACCAGAGGAAGUAAACAAAGCUCCAGUGUUCGUUCCUAAAGGGCUUCGGUCUCCAAAUCCAGUUCCUAUUCAGAUUGAGGAAACGAUGGAAGAGCUUGAAAUAUAUGAGAAUGUUGCAGUUGAGCCAUUUCUGUCCCAUGAAAUGAAUGUAGUUUCUCAACCUGUGAUGCUGGGAGAUAAAGAACCGUACUCCUCACAAGUGGUUAUUGCACAAGAAGAGCAAGAAAAGAAAACAGGGAUUAGUGAUGGAAGUACUGAAGCGGCCAUGACUUUACUUGCUAUGAGAGAUCCAGUGUUCCAGUUAAGCACUGGUAUCCAAGGAAAAAUGCAGGAAUUUUCACCAAAAGAUGAAAUGAAUGUUGCUGAUCAUUUCCCAAAUGAGCAUAAUGAAGAGCAAAGUGUAAUCCACUGUGAUGUGUCAGAUCCUGCCCCUUCAGAAAAUGAAUCGCUUUCUUCAGACAAUACAAACAAAACUGCUACAGAGGAUCACGGUAAUGAACCAUCAGGCAUGGAGGAUUACUUACAGGAAGCAGCUAAUGUGUCACUUUCUGCCUCUUCAAAGAAUGAACCAGUCUCUUCAUACAAUAUGAAUAAAGCUGCUCCAGAGUAUUGCAAUACAUCAGGUUUGGAAGAAUGCUUCCAGGAAACAACUAGUAUCAGCAGUGAUUUGAUGCCAUCAACAGGAAAUAAAUCAUCCAAAUUAGCAAGAUGCCGAUUUCCGAAGCCUAAACCAAAUCUUAACACAGGUCUGAGACUGACCAGGAAUGUUCCUCAAAAAUCUCUUGGUCUAAGUUCAUAUGUUGAACAAUCUAAAGAAAUCCAGAAUGAAAAGAAAGUGUCAGAAAAUGAAACGGAAGAGCAGAAAGUUGAAGUGGAACAGAAUCUCAGAUUGGAUGAGGUAACUAAUAGCAGCUCUGGAGAGAAACAGGAUUUACAGCUUGCAAGUGCUGGUCCUGCCAUGCAGAAAGACAACAUGGAAAGAGAAAACAUGGUGAGAGAGACUUGGGAAGUUGCAUCAGAGACAACUGCUCCAAAGCUUUCUCCAGAAGCAGACCCUCCUGAACCACCAAGUGACCACAACACAAAUGUUAAUGUCCAAGUUGGUGCUCCUGUUGAACACCAGUUGUCGGCAGUUAAAUUUGCACAGACUGAAGCAGCCGAGUAUCCCAGUAUUUCAUCCACUGCAGAGAUGACAGCAGUAGUGAGUGAUCCAAAGGCAGAGGAGGAGCCAACAUUCAUUUUAACAUUGGUGGAAAUCUCACCUGGUUCCGAGAAUUGCAAUGAUAUAUCUGGUUUGCAACAAGAAGUUUCUGAGGAGUUGCUUCCAGCACCAAUAUUUUGUACCACAGACAAUAUGGACUCUAUGGAACUGACAAGAGAAGAUAACUUGGGAUCCCUAACAGCUGCCAUUGAAGAAAAUGCUGUCUCUGUGGCCAGCACUUCAAAGACAGGAGGAUUGCAGGCAGCCUCAUUGGGACAAUGGACUGAUCUGGGUUCGACCCCUUGGAAGAAUCUGAAAAAGUGUGCUGUAGCUCUUGAAGAAAGUGGCAGUUGUCCUGAGAAGAAAAGACUGCCUCCUUCUCCAGGGGAAAACUUGAAAAGCUCCAAUAAGGACGCUUGCAUUAAAUCAAGUUCUGUACCAAGGAAAGCUGCUGAAAAAAACUCAGAAAAAUUGAACAUUGCAAAGAAGAAAACCUCAUCUACCUCUGGACCAGUACCUGAAACGACAGAGCUAAAAGUGAUGGCAAGAGAGCACCUUCAAUCUUCUCUGAAUUUAGGGGCUAUGCUACUUGAUGAAAUAGCUAGUACAGAUGACCAAGUACCAAGAACACUCCAUGCAGGAAAAGCAAAAACAAGUGAAAAACAGAAAACCUCUGUCGACACUUUUAGAUCUGUACAAUCAGAGCAAGUUGGAAGCACAGCAGUCCUUCCAAAAGCACCAUUAUCCAGGUCAUCUAAAAGAUCUCUGGGAUUUUUACCUUUAAUUUGUAAAAAUAAUAAUGAUGAAGAGGUAACUAGUAAAGGGAAUAAACAGUCUCUCCAGAAAUCUCAUAUACUGGCCUCUGAAAACACUGUUGGAUAUCAAACUUUGUUCACAAGCGAUAACAAGGAAGACACUCAAGAAAACAAUUCCUUUCCAUCAACCAUCUCAUCACCCUCAAACUGUGAGAAUGAAAGCUCAUCUACUGUUCAGGUUUUCUCAGAGUUAUCUGCAAAUGAAGGCAUUUCUAAGGAGCAGGAAAGAGAAGAAGAGCCAACCAGGAUCUCAGAAUAUUUCUUUAGUGAUAUUUUUAUGGAGGUGGAUGAUACAGAAUAACUUGUAUACUUAUAAGAUGCCUGGCAUCCAAGAAUGCACUGUAGCAAGAAUAUAAUACCUUUGAUCAGUCACAAGUAGCCCUUACAUUUAACGCAAUAUAGUCAGUCUUGCUGAAAGAUGGAAACGACUGAAGAAAACACAAUUAGGUUUCAAAGUAGUCAUGAUCAGAACAGCAACUGAUCUGUGUUUGAUUGUGGUACAAGUAGUUUCUAGAUGCAUGGCUACACAUUAGAAGUGCCAUAAAGACCACCACCUGAAUAUAAUGUUUAUGGGGCUGUAAAUUAUCUUUACUUCUUUUUAUGAAGUAAAACUUUAUGGGAUGGGGAUCAUAAAAUAAGCAAAGUUCUGAUUUUUAGUCAGCUUAUUUUUCUGAAUUUUUGUAACAAAUGAAUUUGUUAAAAAUGCAAUGUUUCAUUUCUUUUAAAUGUACAGAGAAAAAUCUGAAAAAAAUAUUUAUUUAAGUUAAUGUAUAGAAAUUUUAACUACCCCAAGUUAAUUCUGUCUGUCCUGGAGAUAAAGAGGAAGUUAACAUUACUCCAGUUCUAAACACUAAAUUCUAAAUGAAAAGCUAAAAACCCAUAUAACACCCACUGGCAAGGAGAAAUUGGCAACUGAAAAUCAGGAGUAUGAGAAUAAGAUCAGCCCCAAGAUCACAAAUAAAUAAAUAAAUACCAUGAGUAUUUUUAAUUCCCCACCCCACUUUUGUUAUCUGUUUAAGUUUUAGUCUCAUAACCAUCUGUGUUUAUAAUCUUGGUAAGUUAUGAUUUUGCUAAAAGGCACAGCUUCCCUUUGUCAUCUUUGGGAAAACCUGUACAUGGUUCAGUCUAAAAGAGGUGUCCUAUGAGAGAGGUUUUCUCUGCAGUCUUCUUAAACUAGUGAUUUGCAUACUAAAUAUUGGCUGUCUCCUUUACUACAAUAAGCAACUGAAGAAAACUUUGUUUUACAUUUUCCCAUAAAUAUUUAAUAAUAUAUGCAAUUUCUUUGAAGUAAUGUUCUAACUUGCAAUUGUUCAGUAGUGCAUACAGUUUUAUAUAAACUUCUCUUUCCUAGAUUUUUUGUGGCUAAUGUCAUCCCAAAACAACAUGACUGAUGUUACUAAAUUUGAGAAGAGAAGCAUCAGAUUCUUUUCACUUCUUGUAAAGGAAAAAUAAGAUAGAGCUAUUAGCAAAUCAGAUGGGUUGGGGGGGCUGCAGUGUGGAAGAGAGGAAGGGAAAUUCCAUUGUAUAGUGAAAGUCCACUCGCAUGACAUGGGAUGUUACCCAAUAUUUCAGUUAUCAAACUAACAAACCUAUGCUGACUGACUGGUUUGAACAUUUGAUUUUUGUUUUAGCUUUGUAAUAUCUGGGGCCCUAAAUAGAACAAAAAUGACCAAAUUAAUGUGGAUAAUUUACCAAAUGUAAAUUUAGAUCAGUGAUUCAGAGAAGCAUUAACAUUUUUCAGUGGAAAAAUUAAAGUGACAGUUCCAGAAUGGAAAAUGUUUCUUCAUGAUAAUCACAUGGAGGAGAUAUAAUGUACUCUUAAAUAAUGUAUGCCUGGGCUGCUGAAAUAAUGAAAAAAUGUAUUUAUAUAAUUUGCUGGAACGGUUUUACAUUACAAAGUAAACCAAAUUAUUUUUUAGAAAUCAUAAAAAAGAUAAGCUGAACUGUAAGGUGCCUUAUCUUUCCUUGCUAAAUGGAAAGUACAACUGAUCCUGUUAAAUUUUUACUAUAAACCAUAUUCUCUUGGUUAUCUCUCUGAAAACAUUUUUAGAACAUGCAGAUUUUUCUGUCUUGACCAUUGUAUGCAUUAAUGACAGAAGCAAACAAUGUGCUGGGGUAAGGAACAGAGCAUUUCUUUUCCAUUAAAAUGUGAUAAGGGAUUGAUGUCCAGGAAAGUUUGAUACAUUUUUUGAGUGUGUAAUAUUCAUGUGCAAGCCUUCUGUUUCAAAGAAAGCGGUUGUGUUAUAUAUGUAAAUUAUGUGAAUAAAUAAUUUUGUACCACUUGUUAAGCUUUUCUUUUUAAAGAUUGAUGAUUCACAGUGCAAUGAACGGUAUUGGAGUCCCUAAUGUCAGCAACUGUGGAUCAGGUCCAUCCCUUAGAUCUACCUGUAGAGGUCUUGAGAUGAUUAAAAAAACGUUUGGACUUAUAUUCGUUUUUGGACUUGUUUUUCUGCAAAACUGGGCUUCUACGGGGAGGAAGGGUGGGAUAUAAAUCAAAUAAUAAAUAAAUAAAACUGCAGGUGAUCUAGCCUAGCAAAUCCCACAAGAACGAAGGUAGGCUUUUUAAUGCCAGAUCGGUUCAUAAUAAAAAACCCCUCGUCCAUGAUUUGAUUAUGGACGAGGCAGCCGAUCUGGCAUGCAUAACCGAGACCUGGGUGGGCGAACAGGGAGGAGUUAGUCUCUCCCAGAUUUGCCCACCGGGGUAUUUGGUUCAGCAUCAUGGUAGAUCUGAGGGUCGGGGAGGUGGG